CCCUUGGACCAAGGCCAAGGCUUCACUCUGUCAUGGAGAUUGGCGUGACCCCGAGGCGGCACAACCCUGUGGACAGCAUCUGCCGCAAACUGCAGACAAUUCAGCGCCGUGAUCGUGAACCCAACUCUCCUUUUCAGAUCCCGAAACUGCAAUCCAGCAGCUACGAAAGCCCACACACGAGCCUGCGACGCAACCUGGACAGCAUCCUGAAGAAGCGCAAAGGUGAUGCAGAGCAGAACAACUCGCCGCUCAUGCUCACUCCUGGUGUCGCACGCGCCUCAGGAAGAACCCCUAUCACACCCAUCAGUCCCGUUAAUGCCACCUACACCAUCUCAGGCACGCUGGCGGAGAAGAGCAGUGCAGCACUUGGGCACAGUCGAGCCUGGCAGCUUAGCAGCUCCACACCUGCUAUCCAGGACGGCGAUGCUCGCUUCAGCUUCACCCCGAACAACAAGGAAAGGAGCAGAGCACCAGCGCACGGCCUGCUUUCCUACAACCUUAAUUGUUGCUCCUCAGAUUCCUCCACCAUAUUAGACUGUGAGCUGCCAUAUCCAGCCCUGGUGGUCAAGAGACUCUCAAUGGGAGAUGGGGCUUCAUUGCCGUCUGAAUCCAAGAAAGAGAGUUUGGCUGACAUCAGUCUGAUUUGUGAAGAGGACCUGCUCGAUACUAUUUUUCAGGCCUGUGAUACCCAGUGUAGAGGUAAAGUGUAUGUGUCUCACAUCGUGGACUAUCUGAGACACACGACGAGUCGUAGCUCUGAGGACAGCGGGCUGGAGGAGCUGUGUAACAUGCUGGACCCCGAACACAAGGACAUCUCCAUCGACCUGGACACCUACCAUGCUAUAAUGAAGGAGUGGAUUGAAGACUGCCGCAAUCAGGUAAAGGACAGUAAAGAAGACGUAACUCAGGAGUUGGUCAAAUUGCCAGAUAAUUUUGCAGCUAAGAGAUCAUUUCUGCUGAAUAUGACCUCAGGAAGUCUGGAGGCUUUUGGAGGAGAAGCUUCUAGAAUUGAGCUAGAGACGUCUGAUCUGGUGUUCUGCGUGGCCGACUUGCAGUUUAAUAACCAUAAACUUCAGGAGGAGGUUCGGAAGCUGAAGCAGGCGGCGGAGGUGAUGGAGGAGACCAACCAGAAACUCAGUGAAGAGAACGAGGAGCUGAAGACUCAGGCUAAAACGGGGCAGCAGCUGCUACAGAAGGAGCGCAUGCUGAAGGACGAGGUGGAGGAGAUGAAGCUGACUUUAAGCUCUUCGGAGGAGAAUCGAGCUCGAGCUUCAGCUCACAGUAAACAGCUGGAGCGAGAGAAUCAAGCUUUGAUCUCCAAGAUCUCCUCUCUGCAGGACGAGAACAUAAAGGUGUCUGUGAAGGUGGAUGAGCUUCAGAGGAAGAUUAAGACACUUUAUGAGCUCAACGCAGACCUGCAGGCUCAGACUCAUUCGUUCGAUGCUGCCGUGACUGAGAAGGACACUUUAAUUCAGGAGAAAACGAGGCAGAUCGAGGAGCUAAAGGCUGCAGUUAUGGAGUACUCGUCAGUGACCGAAUUGCUGAGAGCAGAAAAGAACAAGCUGGAGAGUCAGAUGCAGCUGCUGCAGCCAGAUAUGGCCAUUCCUGGAUUGUCUCUCUCGGUGGCGUACAGACUGAAUCAGACGAGUUCAGGUUCUCUGGAGACUGAGCUGGCCCUGGCGCAACAGAAUCCACCCGAGGGGGCGGAGCCUUUCUCCUCCAUGUGCUUGGCCUCACCUCUGGACGAGACUCUGGACCGUGAGGUUCUUCUCCUUCUGCAGGGUCCAACACCUGAGCAGAUGUCUGUGGAAUUUAAACUCCUGAUCAACAAACUGAGGCAAGAGUUUGAAAAGGACACACUGGAGGUUCUCGCAGCUCUUCCAGACUUUCAGGACAUGCAGGACACAAACUCUGACCCCAAGCUCCAGAGUCUGCGAGUUGAGCUGGAGCGGCGGCGUAGCGACUGGACUCACGGCCUCGAGCAGCUGAAGCAUUACACGGAAUCGCUGGAGAAAGAUCUGCUGAAGAUGGCGAGCAACAUGCGCCGGUCACGCACCGAGAUCCUGCACCUGUCCGUCAGGCUGCAGGAACAGGAAAAUCACAAACUGCUGUUACGUGAGGAACUGGACCAGCUAAAGACUGGACAGGACCGCAGAGACGCCGGCACACAGACCGAGCCGCCGCAGGUUGAUGAUGAGAACUCUUCUCCAGAGUGGGACAGGGUGUAUCCUCUUCUCGACUCUCCUUCUGAAGAGGAAAGCACCGAUUUCGAGAUGUACAUUCAGGAAGAUGAUGAGAAGCAGCAUCCUCCUUCUCUUCCUCCUCCUGCUGCUGCUGCUGCUGAAGUUAAUGAUGGGAUGGAGGAGUUACAGGAAGAUCUGAGUAAGCUCCAGGGCUUACAGGAGACACGCUGUGGAGAAGAUGGGAAACAAGAAUUGAUCACCCUAAAGUCCCAGGAGGGUCCACCAGCAGGUCCACCAGCAGGUCCACCAGCAGGUCCACCAGCAGGUCCACCAGCAGGUCCACCAGCGGGUCCACCAGCGGGUUCACCAGAGGGUCCACUAGAGGGCAUCACGGACACAGGAACAUGUGAUAUUCUGCUUGACGAGAAUGGACUUGAGGGUCAUGCUGAACCUCAACAGGAGGAAGCCAGUUUCCCAGCAUGCAGCGGGCCUGAUGACACCCACGAGCAGGCUGUGUGCUGCAGUGCUUCUCUUUCACACCCCCACCAUCAAUGUGCUGGUGAAGCGCCUCCUCUCCGGUCUGAUCUCUGCCCCCCCCACACCAGUGAUGUAAUAUCUCCUCCAGAUGAUGCACCUGCCCUGGGAAGGGGACCUGAGGAAGAACCAGGACCUGAAGGAGAACAGGACGUCUCAAACGGCACGAUCAGUGAGCAGAAACUGACACAGGAUCAGGUUUCUUACGUGCCGACUGUACCGGAAAGGAGUGGUCUGUUGCCUGUAGCUGAGGAAGAGGAACUAAUGUCUGAGGCGAGUCAGCAGGGGGCCACAGCAGUUAAUUCCAGGGCAGCUAGUGGAGCAACAGGUACGAGUGCAGUGAAGGAUAACGGCUCGUCUGUCCCUCUGACCAUUAGGAACAGAAUUAAAAAAAACCUGGAGACACCCAGCAGCAGUAUGGAGACCAUUGGAGAGCAGAGGUCUCAGGAAGACAGUGACACUCCAGAUAAAAAUGGUGUUAUUACUGAAGAUGGUGAGACAGUGAGGGAAGACGGAUUGACUCAGAGUGAAAAAGACAUCGAGGCUGAGUUUCUCCGUCUGUCUCUGAGUCACCGCUGUGACAUGUUCACUCUGGAGAAGAGACUUUAUCUGGAGGAGCGCUCGCGGAACCUGGCCGAAGAGAACGUCCGCAAAGAAGUGUCCAGCUGUCAGGGUCUGCUCCAGGCACUGAUCCCUCUGUGUGGAGAUGAUAACCCCUCACUGGAGAUCAUUCAGAGACUGCAGAAGAACCUGGACAUCCUGCUGCAGUCCGUGACCCGAGUGGCCAGUCGCUCUGAAAUGCUGGGCUCCAUUCACCAGGAGACUCGUAUGGGGAAAGCGAUAGAGGUGAUGAUUCAACACGUGGAGAACUUGAGGCGGACGUAUACAAAAGAACAUGGCGAGCUGCUGGAGCUCCGAGAGAACCACUUGCAGAAAGAAAGGACCUUUGUCUCACACACCGACCGGGAUGAGCUCAGGAAGAAAAAGGUCAGCGCUGAAUUUUACAAGGUGGCAGCCCGACGCGUCAGUAUAGCCGCCAUACCGCGCAGCGCCGGAGCGUCGUCUCCCAGUGACAUGGCUAAAGAUGUCAUGGACGCAGGGAUGGAGAAGCUGGGUCAUCGGUCACCCAGGAACGUGCUUGGAAAGAGCACACAGCGGCUGCCUCUAAAGCGUUUUAUUAGUUGCUCGGAGACAGAAGUUCACACUCUUACGAAUAGCGAUUCGAGUCCCAUUCCGACCAGCAAUCCAAGUCCUACAAGCGAAAUGGCCUCACCUUUUGCAGUGAAAGCGGCUCAUUCUGAGCUCGAGGCUCCCAAAGGCGUCUGCACCUGGGCGGCAUUGAUGGUGGUGCUGGCCGCGUUCGUAGCGGUGUUGGGCAAGAUGCUGAUACAACCGGCUGCCGAUGCAGCUCCUGUAGGCACCGGUGACUCCUGGAUGGCCAUCCAGCAGAUUCUUUGGCCCUACACAGGGCUCCGGCACAACGGUCAGCCUCCUGUUUAACAUGAUCAGACUCCUAGUGGGUGGAAGGCUAAUAGCAUCCAAGAAAUCAUGAUGCAAUUUUUACAAACGGCAAAUCGACUGCAUGGAGGAAAAGUAUGACCAAGUACACUUUAUUAUUUUUUUUCUUAUCCUUAAUGACAGAUAAGAACCUUAUCACAUGGUUAGCAAUUAUAUAACGAGAAAAUGUUUUAAGUGAGCUGGAAACUUCCUGAGCUGAUUCUCUGGACAUGGACGGAAACAGCUACCUUUUUAAAAAAAUAUAAUAUAAUUUUUUUUUCUUCAACAUUAUGAUGAUAUCGACGUUUUUACUGACGCUUGAAGGAGUAAUGAACAUCCGUUUAAAACAAACAAACAAAAAACGAUUAAUUAUUAUUUUAAAGUUUAUUUCUUUCGUGAGAGUUUAAAUGGGGUUUCAAUAAUGUACAAGCAAAUUUUAUUCUUCUUCAGUUUCAAAACUUUUUUAUUACUAUUAUAAAGUUUUUGGUUUAAUGUGCACUGGCAUGGAUUUAAGGAUGGGGAGGAAGAACGAACUUUUACACAAUAAAGUUAAUAAUCCAGUUGCAUUCACAACUUGCUCCGGAUAUCAGACAUGUCGUGGAUUUUAAUGUGUUUAUUUUUUAAAUGUUUUUCUCCCCUCAUCUACACUUUCUCUGUACUUUUUUUGUUUUUGGUAUAAAAUCAUUGAAUUAGAAUUUUUCUGAAAGCAAAACUGGGUCCAGGUUCCCCAGUCUGAUGUGGAUUCAGGUUUUCACCUUGUUGGUGAGGAAUUGAUUGAAUUAAAAGA